UUUUUUUAUUUUUUUGGCGUUAUGUUAUUUUUAAUUUUUUUGAGAAUUUUCGAUCGAUUUUGUGUUAAAUUUUGCCUAAUUUUCAAUUUUUUAAAGAUUUGUAUUAGUUUUAUAAACCUUUUUUUAUUUUCUAGCAUAAAUAUAAUGAAUUCUACAACUACUCAAAGAAAAAAAUUGACGCUUAAAGUGAUUCUGUUAGGAGAAUCAGGUGUUGGAAAGACUUCAAUAAUUAAUCGUUUUGUCAACAAAAAAUUUUCAAAUUGUUACAAAGCAACUAUUGGGGUCGAUUUUAUGAAGAAACAAAUGACGGUUGAUGGGGUGGAUGUGACGCUUCAUAUUUGGGAUACUGCUGGGUUUGAGAAAUACCAAUCUUUGGGAUCGGCUUAUUACAGAGGGGCUGAUUGUUGUGUUUUGGUUUACGAUUUAACCUCAGCUCCCUCUUUCCGUGCCAUCGAAGGCUGGCGUGAUGAAUUUCUCGUUGUUUCAAAUCCUUCAGAUCCUGAUGACUUUCCUUUUAUGAUUUUGGGGAAUAAAUUUGAUUUGAUGGAUAAAAGAGCUGUGAGUUCUGCAAAAGCUGAGAAUUGGUGUAGACAAGGAGUGAAUAUGAAACAUUUUGAGGAGGAUUGGCGGUUGGACGAAGCUUUUAAAGAAGUUGUCCGUAUGUGUUUAUCUAUGAUGCGAAAAGGAGAAGAGGAAUAUCCAGAUUUUCCUGAAAGAAUUAAUCUUCAUAAUCGAAGCAGUGGACAAGUGGAUGAAGACGAUGCGACGCCUCUGUGUAAUCCGUGUUCUUACUCUUAA